AUGCUUCUGAGAAAUUUAGAUGCUACUAAUGGGCAUUGCAAUGGUACACACUACAUCGUUGCCAGUUUACAUGAUCAUGUUAUUGAGGAUGAGGUUGCUUCUGGUUCUUAUGUAGGAUCAACUCUGCUAAUCCCAAGAAUACCACAUGUAUCUCAAGAAAUGGAAUUUCCAUUCACAUUUACACGUAAACAAUUUCCUGUCAAGUCAGCUUUUGCUUUGACGUGCAACAAGUCUAAGGGACAGACUUUUGAACAAAAUGGAAUAUAUCUUCUGACACAAUUCUUCUCACAUGGUCAGCUGUAUGUUGCAUUAUCAAAAGUUCGAAAGAAGGCUAAUGUAAAGAUAUUGGCUGAGAGAAAUGGAAACAGUACGAUUACUGACAAUUGCGUCUACAAGGAGAUGCUACUUUAA